UUUUGUUCAAAAAGAAAAGUGGUUUUUAUCUCUCAUGUAUAAAAUUUUAGCAGAAAAUUCAAUAAAUGGUGCAUUAACAAAAAUAAUUUAAAUUUUUCAUAAAAUCGUACCGUUUAAAACUAACCAACUAAGUCAUGUCCGAACAGGAAUCCAUUAACAACAGUGAUACCGAAACCGAAAGUACUGAGGAUGAAGUGGAACCAAAAUUCAAAUACCAACGUAUUGCCAAUGAUCUACGGAAGAUACUUAACACGGAUGUGCUUACAUGUAGUGCGGUGCAUCCAAAGUUUUUAAUAUUUGGCACAUUUCUGGGUCGUAUCUACUUGUUCGAUCACAAAGGUAAUUCGGUUACUUCUCAUCUCUCCGAUGGACCAAAUGAUUACUCACAUACUGUCGCCGUAAAUCACAUCGAUGUGGAUGCUAAGGCAGAAUAUGUAGCCACCUGCUCCGAUGAUGGAAGGGUGAAUAUAACUGGCUUGUUCAGUGAUGAAAACAAUCAGCAUCUAACCUUUGGCAAAUCGAUAAAAGCUGUGGCAUUAGAUCCAGAUUCCAAAACAGUAGCAGGCAAGCGUUUUAUUAUAGGAGAUGACAAACUUACGCUAUUCGAAAAGAAUUUCUUGAAAAAAUUGAAAACAACUGUGCUAUCCAGCGCUGAGGGAUAUGUAUUAUCUAUUUGUUGGAACGGUUCCUUUGUAGCUUGGGCCAGUUAUUUGGGUGUACGGGUCUAUGAUCUAAAUGAAAAGUGUUCACUAGGUCUCAUGAAAUGGGAAGAGCCAGUCAAUGCGCGCUUGGAGAACUUCCGCUGCAAUUUUCGCUGGUCGAAUGCUACAACUUUGCUUAUUGGCUGGGUGGAUACAAUACGAAUUUGUGUUAUACGCCGUCGAAAUUCUAUCGAAGUAGCUUCGCGCGAUUUACCCGGUUUUAUAGUUGAUCCUAUAUCAACAUUUCAAACGACAUUUUAUAUAUCCGGCUUAGCGCCGCUCACCUCCAACCAAUUGGUUGUGCUGGGUUGCCCAAAAGAAAAAGAUGCAGAGCGAAAAUCAUUAAGACCAGUACUAUCUGUAAUGGAAUAUAAGCUAAAUAGUAGUGAGGAGAUAUGCACCGACAGUCUUUCAUUGCGUGGCUACCAAGAAUAUACCGUGAACGAUUACAGUUUGGGUUGUAUUAUUGAAGAGAAUCGUUAUUUUAUUGUAGCACCAAAGGAUAUAGUAGUUGCUAGUCUAUAUGAAACGGAUGAUAGAGUCAAAUGGCUGGUCGACCAUCGCAAAUUUGAAGAAGCAAUGGAGGUUAUAUCAACCCAUGGCGGAAGUUGGACGCUAAUCUCUGUUGCCAAAUUGUAUAUAAAUCAUCUGCUAUCACUGAAGCAAUUCGAUGAUGCUGCUAAAUUAUGUCUACGAGUUUUGGGUAAUAAAAAAUCACUUUGGGAGGAGGAAGUAUUCAAGUUUUUCAAAUGUAGUCAACUACGUGCGGUCAGUGCUUAUCUACCUACCUCCGAUGACUGUAAACUUGAUCCACACGUUUACGAAAUGGUAUUAUAUGAGUAUUUGAAACAUGAUGCAAAAGGAUUUCUUAAUCUCAUCAAGGAAUGGCCAUCAAAUUUAUACAACUGCGCGGCGGUUAUAAAUGCAAUACACGAUAAUUUUCGUAAACAGAAUGCGAAUGAGCUGCUGGAGGCACUGGCCAUACUCUAUUUGCAUCAGCGCGAUUAUGAAAGUGCGCUGCGAAUGUAUUUAAAAUUACAAAAUGCAGACGUAUUCGAAAUGAUCAGACGUUAUGAUCUCUACGAUGCUAUACAUAAGAUGAUCAUACCACUCAUACAGUUAGAUCGUGAGCGUGCCUUUAAAAUAUUAUUUGAAAACAAGAAAAUUCCCCCUGAAAUUGUUGUGCAGCAAUUGGAGCAAAAUCAGGAGUAUUUAUAUUGGUAUUUAGAUGCGCUAGAUAAGGUUGACAAAAGUGGUAAAUACCAUUGGAAAUUGAUAAACCUCUACGCAAAGUAUGAACGCGAAAAAUUGCUACCAUUUUUGAAAGGUUCCAAUCACUAUCCCAUGCAAGAGGCAUUGGAUGUAUGUAAACGGGAAUUAUUUUAUCCCGAAAUGGUAUAUUUAUUAGGGCAAAUGGGAAACACAAUAGAAGCCUUGAAUAUUAUAAUUGAAAAGAUAAAAGAUAUUGAAAUGGCAAUAGAAUUCUGUAAAGAACACAAUGACUCGGAUCUGUGGAACAUACUAAUUGAUGAGUCAGUGAAGGAACCUGAAAUUGUACUAAAGCUGUUGGAUGGUAUUGUAGACUACGUCGAUCCCGUCGCUGUUGUUGAAAAAAUCAAACUCGGUCAAGAUAUACCAGGCCUACGAGAUGCGGUUGUUAAGCUGUUAUGGGACUACCGUCUGCAAGUUGAAAUUCGUAAAAGUGCGCAAAAUAUUCAGCAUGAGUUCUACUACAAGCAGCAUGCCAAAGAGGUCACCAUGCAAAAUCGGGGACAUUGUGUACCCUCUUCGGACCGCUGCAUGAGAUGUAAUCGGCCUGUGCUUACUUUGAAUGAACACAUUCCGCCCGUAAAUGAUCUUGUUAUUUUCUUAUGUGGUCAUGUUUAUCAUCAGAAAUGUGCACCGGGUAGCACUAUUAAUGAACGCUGUGAAUUUUGCAAUCCUAGCGAUUUGAAUAAAGACGAUCCUUUAGCUAUUAUGCUGCUUUUGCAAUAAA